GUAUUCAGGAGGGAGAUCGUGAAAGACAAAAGAGGAUAGCCGCCACUGUGUCCGUUACAUUUGCAGUUACUCCGCACCACUCUCAGUCGAACUCAGCUUCACCCCUCCGCCACUGUGUUCCUAAACCCUAACCGAACUUGUUCGUCGGAACCGAUUUCCCGCAUUUUCAAUCUCACAAGUUAUUUGUUGAAACUACUCAUUUUUAUUGGAAUAAGCAUGGCGAGCACGGCGGCGCAACUUGGUUUGGUUAAGAGCACGUUCCCUGUGGAUCUGAGGAGAAACUUGCAUUGCCAGUCUCUGUUGUUGCCGUGUCGAAUUGGGAAUGGGAGGUUUGUUGCUCCUGUUCUUCCCCUUGUGAGUUCUGGGAGGAGGGUUUCGACUGAGAAGGUGGCACUCCGUGUGAGUUGCAAGGUGUCGGAGAGUGGUGUGGUAGGGAGCAAGGAGGAGGAGGGUGGAAAUGGGGGCAUUGCUGAUUCUGAGAAUAGUUACACUUGUGUCAUGAAGUUUGGUGGGUCGUCUGUGGCUAGUGCGGAGAGGAUGAGAGAGGUUGCAAACCUUGUACUGAGCUUUCCGGAAGAGAGGCCUAUAGUUGUUCUAUCUGCCAUGGGGAAGACAACUAACUUGCUUUUACUGGCUGGAGAAAAAGCUGUGAGCUGUGGAGUUACUAAUGCAGAUCGUAUUGAUGAGCUCAGCAUUAUAGAAGACCUGCAUCUCAAGACCGCAGAGGAACUUGGUGUGGACAGAAUUUUGAUUUCAAAGCAUCUCGAAGAAUUGGAGCAACUUCUGAAAGGGAUAGCUAUGAUGAAGGAAUUAACUCCACGGACUCAAGAUUAUUUAGUUUCAUUUGGAGAGUGCAUGUCCACUAGGAUCUUUGCUGCUUAUCUUAAUAAAUUAGGUGUUAAGGCUCGCCAAUAUGAUGCAUUUGAGAUUGGUUUCAUAACAACUGAUGACUUUACAAAUGCGGAUAUCUUGGAAGCAACAUAUCCUGCUGUUGCAAAGAGGUUACAUAGUGAUUGGGUUUCUGAUCCUGCAAUUCCAAUUAUUACAGGCUUCCUUGGAAAGGCUCGGAAAUCAUGUGCAGUGACAACCUUGGGUAGAGGGGGUAGUGAUUUGACAGCUACAACGAUUGGAAAAGCACUGGGAUUGCCAGAGAUCCAGGUAUGGAAAGAUGUUGAUGGCGUUCUAACCUGCGAUCCAAAUAUAUGCCCUCAAGCAGAACCUGUUCCCUAUUUGACAUUUGAUGAGGCUGCUGAACUUGCAUACUUUGGUGCUCAGGUCCUGCAUCCACAGUCUAUGCGACCUGCUAGAGAAGGUGAUAUUCCUGUUAGGGUUAAAAAUUCUUACAACCCUAAAGCUCCUGGUACCCUAAUCACCAAAACAAGAGAUAUGAGCAAGGCAUUAUUAACUAGCAUUGUUUUGAAACGUAAUAUUUCCAUGUUGGAUAUUGUGAGCACUCGCAUGCUUGGUCAGUUUGGAUUCCUUGCUAAGGUGUUUUCAAUCUUUGAAGAUUUAGGCAUAUCAGUUGAUGUUGUAGCUACAAGUGAAGUCAGUAUUUCUUUGACAUUGGAUCCAUCAAAGUUUUGGAGCAGAGAGCUAAUUCAGCAGGAACUUGACUAUGUUGUUGAGGAACUGGAAAAAAUAGCUGUGGUAAAACUUCUAAAGAAUAGAUCCAUAAUCUCUCUCAUUGGAAACGUUCAGAGGUCAUCACUAAUAUUGGAGAAGGCCUUUCAAGUUCUUCGAAGCCUUGGCGUCACUGUUCAAAUGAUCUCUCAAGGUGCAUCUAAGGUGAAUAUCUCGUUAGUUGUAAAUGACAGUGAAGCAGAGGAGGCUGUUAGGGCUCUCCACAAAGCCUUCUUUGAGAGUGAGCUCUCUGAAUUAGAGAUUGAAUGUAUAUCUGGAAAUGGUUCUGUUCCUGCAUUAUCUUAAGGGGGAUGCUUUCAACUUUUUUCUAUUAUCAAUCCUCCACUCUUCAAGCGAAAUUUUGGUUGGGAUGAAUGGCGAUUUGUCAGUACAGUAUAUACCAGUCAAGUCAUUGCUAGGGUUUUAGGUAGUUUUAUCCACGAGAGAAGCUUCUGUGGAGGUUAGAAUUGAUUUUGAAGAAACAUAAGUUGAUUCGAACAUGUUAUAAGUGUGACAGUUUGUUAAGGAUUGAUAAAUAUUAAAGUAUUUAAUGAAAAGUAUUAUGUAUAAUACAUUAAAAUUUAUAAAAUAUACUUUUCAUUAAAUCUUCUUAUUUUGAAAUCUUUAACGAGUGUCCUUCGCCUUUAUUAUAUAUAUUUGGAUACCAUCACGCAAGAAGCUCGAAGUCCCUUUAUGUCUAUCAUCAGUCUAUGAGAUGGCUCUGGUUUUGUUUUCUUGGUCAAAGGAUCAAUCUGAGCCAGUUACAAAUUCUAUGUCUACAGGCAUUUGUAGUAUUCUCAAAUUUUAGUAUAUGUAUGAUAUAUUUUGUGUGUUAAAA